AUGGGUAAAAAUCAUUCCAAAGAAAAGUUCAGUCAAUGGGACUUAGACCGUUUCAGUAACAUAACUAAAAUUCCUCGAGAUAAAGUUGCGGCGCUUUACCAGGAAUUCGUCGCAUCUUCGGGCAAAGAUAAUCGAAUGGAUAAGAAAGAAUUUCGUCGUCUGUACAAAGAGCUAUAUAUAAGUCGUCAACCGACAGGAACUCAAGAUGGUCCGUCAGCGCCCGCGAUGUGGAGUGAUCAUGAUUUGAAUAAAAUGGCUGAUCAUGUAUUCAAAGCUUUCGACCGAGGUUCUGGAAAAUUAUCCUUCGAAGAUUUUGUUAAUGCUUAUCUGUUACUGGAUAACAGUCCAGGUAUUGCGUCGACAGGUGUUUCACCUCAGGAACGAUUCGCUUAUAUUUUGGAAAAUAACUAUCCAGAAUCAAGUGAGAUUUCGCGUGAACAAGGUGAAGACAUGUUCAAUAAACUCAAUGUAUGCUAUACUGGUGAUUCCGAGCUAUCAGGUGAUGGUAAAACAUGGGAACACCAUUGGACUCAGAUCAACGACGGCAAUAAUACUGUCACACAAGAGAAAUUUGUCCAAUAUUUCACUCUUUCGGAUGCAUUCUCACCAAAACUACGACCAACUACAGCAUAG